GACAAGAGAUAAUGGGUGGGGAUAGAUUUUCAAAGAUCUCAGAAUCCCAGCUUUUUCAAUUCUUUUCGCUUACUACAAAUAUUAAAAGUAGAUUUCCCCCAGAUUGAAAGAGAUUUCCUCUCUCUCUCUCUCUCUCCUCUCCGUGUCUUUGUAUGUGAACGAACUACAAGUGGAUUUCCUAGACAUUUCUCUUUUCUCUACAUAUAGAGGCACAAUCAGGCACAGAGAGAGAGAGAGAGAGAGAGAGAGAGAGGGGACGACGUUGUGAACUAUUUGUUGGUGAUGGCGAGAACGGCCGGCGAGUGUGGGCGGCGGAAGUCGCUGCAGAAGGCAGAGAAUUGCGAUCAUCCGCCGGAGCUCCAUGUUCUUGCCGUCGACGACAGUCACGUCGACCGUAAGGUCAUCGAGCACUUGCUCAAGAUCUCUUCCUGCAGAGUGACGGCCGUGGAGAGUGGGACGAGGGCUCUGCAGUAUCUCGGUUUGGACGGGGAGAGGAGCUCCGAUGGAUUCGAGGCUUUGAAGGUGAAUUUGAUAAUGACGGAUUAUUCAAUGCCGGGGAUGACUGGAUACGAAUUGCUCAAGAAGAUCAAGGAGUCAUCGGCUCUGAGAGAAAUACCAGUGGUGAUCAUGUCAUCCGAGAAUAUCAUGGCUCGUAUUGAUAGAUGUUUGGAGGAAGGGGCAGAGGAUUUUCUCUUGAAGCCAGUAAAACUGGCGGAUGUUAAACGCUUAAAAGAUUUUGUAUUAGGAGGGCAAGAAGAGGAAAAUGGAGAGAGAGCAAGCUGCAAAAGAAAGCAACAAGAUGAUCACAAGAUGCCACCGCCAUCUCCCUUGAUAUCGUUGUUGCAAACAUCGCAUGCCUGCGAUCGAACAUCGACCCCCAUACCAUCUUCAUCGCCAACGUUGCUACAAUCUCCUUCAAAGCGGCCUAGAUUAUGAAAUGUUAUAUACUCUUCAUUUCCAGUUGACCUGGCAUGUUCUUGACUUGUUCAUGCCCAAAGGAUUCCCAUAAACAUUCCAUGGAUUAGAUGGAGAUUUUUUUUUUCUUCUCUUUUUGGUGUUCUUUUGCAUUAGUAUAGCUACGAAACUGUAUAUGCUAACUGGAAGUUGCUACUGUGAGUAUGAAACUCAUGGCAGAUAAAUAGUGUUGGGAGAAAACCUUGUGUUUCUGUUUGUGUAGGAGAUGAAAUUUUGCAAUAUACAAAGUUGCCCUAAUUUUUAUGGGGUGUUCAUAA